GUAGCGUGUGUGCUUAGGUUUCCACGCCGGUGCUAGCACAGCCGUACAAAUCUUCAUUAGGUUUAACUGUAAAUCUAGUGAUAUCAGGAGUUAGUUGACCCGCCGAACAACAGAUAAAACUGAGUAGCUGAAUGUUAAUGACACGUAAACUCGAAAAGUGAAAUGGAGACUUGGUAAAGGCUAAAUGCCGCUGAAUAGCCCUGAAAUACACAGACUUACGUCUCCACAUUAGGAGAAAUUUACUAACAGUCCCAUAGUGAGUAUUACAACAUUUGUGUUGGUACAGAGGAGGCUUGCAGCCAUGGCAGGCAGGGGUCGUGGAGUAGCUGCCUUUACCUUCAACAUUGACGCUCUGGGCAUCGGCAGGGGCAGCAUGCCAGAAGCCAGGGUGGGGCCCAGCCCGCUGUUUCCAAGCACAGACUUUAAACCAGUGCCGCUGAAAGCUGGCGAGGAUGAGGACUACAUGCUGGCCUUAAAACAGGAAAUGAGGGGAACAAUGCAACGGCUACCACACAACAUCAAGCCUCUGUCCAAUAAAGCAGAAGUGGAGAAAUACACGGAGAGAUACCUGAAGCAAAGCCAGAUGGAAGAUGAGGAAUGGACUCCAGACUGGAACCUCUUCCCAAAAGAAUUGAUGCCCCGAAAGAAAAAAACUCGUGUUAAACCAGGCACAAAGAAGAAAACUGUGAAGCUAUCAUGCAAAGACACAGAAGAUAUGCUGAGUAAAUUAGAUGAACUGGCAAAGAAAGAUGGGAACCCUGAAAAAUCAGACGAUGAGACUGAAAACAAAACAGGGAAUAAGGAUGAGGAGGAAGAAAUCGAAGCAGAAGAAUAUGAUGAAGAGGAUAUUGAAGAGGAAAACGACUACAUUGAAAGCUAUUUUGACAAUGGCGAAGAUUUUGCUGCAGAAAGCGAUGAUAAUAUGGAUGGUGAAGGAACGUACUGAGAGAGUCACUCAACCAAGCCUACACUGUUGAAGUAAACAAUCAUGUGAUUGUUUCUAUUGGUUAAAUAUUGUAGAUAAGUUGGGAAUGCUGUUUACCAAAGUGAUAUUUGUUUGCUUUGUUUUGUUUUGAUCUUGAGAUGCAAGCUAAGACUUAUGUAAAUAAGAAAUGCCAAACUAUGUGCACACUGGCAAUAAUUUAUUCAAAAUAGAUGUAUUUAUUUUCCAGCCUGUAGCACAUUUCCACAGGUUGAAAGGCACAUACUGUCAACAACAUGUAAUGCUUUUUCAUGAAGUAUCAAGUGAACACAGUGAUAAAAUAAAUGUAAAAUUUCACAUAA